UGCUUCCUGUGCUGUGUUUGGCUGUGUGUGGAAAGAUGUAAAGAUGGCGGAGCUACAGAUGCUGUUGGAAGAGGAGAUCCCGGCUGGACGGAGAGCUUUGCUCGACAGUUACACCAAUCUUGAAAGAGUCGCAGAUUAUUGUGAGAACAGCUACAUACAGUCUGUAGAUAAACACAGAGCCCUAGAAGAAACCAAAAAUUACACAACCCAGUCUUUGGCGAGUGUUGCCUACCUGAUCAACACCUUAGCCAACAAUGUCCUCCAGAUGCUGGAUAUCCAGGCGUCCCAGCUGCGCCGCAUGGAGUCCUCCAUCAACCACAUCUCUCAGACGGUAGACAUCCACAAAGAGAAAGUGGCCAGGAGGGAGAUUGGCAUCCUGACGACCAACAAGAACACCUCGAGAACUCACAAAAUCAUUGCACCCGCCAACCCGGAGAGACCUGUGCGCUACAUCCGGAAGCCCAUCGAUUACACAAUGCUUGAUGAUAUUGGCCAUGGAGUGAAGUGGUUGCUUAGAUUUAAGGUCAGCACACAGAACAUGAAGAUGGGUGGUCUCCCGAGAACCACCCCACCCACCCAAAAACCUCCAAGCCCACCAGUGUCAGGGAAAGGAACGAUUGGGCGACACUCUCCUUAUCGAACCCUAGAGCCUGUUCGCCCUCCCGUGGUUCCCAACGACUACGUGCCGAGUCCGACACGCAACAUGGUGCCCACUCAGCAACAGAGCCCGGUCCGAACUGCUUCUGUAAACCAGAGGAACCGCACAUACAGCAGCAGUGGGAGCAGUGGAGGCAGCCACCCGAGCAGCCGGAGCAGCAGUCGAGAGAACAGCGGCAGUGGCAGUGUAGGCAUCCCCAUCCCCAUCGCUGUGCCCACCCCCUCCCCACCCAGCGUCUAUCCAGCCCCUGCUGGCUCAGCUGGUACAGCACCUGCCCCUACUGCCCCAUCUGCGCCCCCCAACCCUCUCCCUCCUGCCCCUGCCCCCUCUCCCACCCCUCCCUCGGAGGUGACUGCAGGAGCUCAGCAGUCUACUGCUGACUGCUUCACCUCUCCAACUCCCCCUGCUGCUGCUGCUGCUGUAACUACUGCUCCUGCUGUGACAGGUCAAACUCCCCAGUUCUACAGUAUGAAUAGACCAGUGUCCCGACAUGUAGCGCCAACAGCGGGGGGCUCUCUACCCUACAGGCGCCCUCCUUCAGUCCUGUCCCAGACCAGCCUGCAGAACCACAUCAAUGGAGGCCCCUAUUGCAACCAGAGUCAAGCCUCCCUUGCUCCCCCACCCCCCUCUAUCCUACAGAUCACUCCACAGCUCCCGCUGAUGGGCUUCGUGGCGCGGGUCCAAGAGAACAUUUCAGACGCUCCCCCGCCCCCUCCCCCUGCGGACGAGCCUGUGUUGACGAGUCCCGCCCCCGACGAGUCCCCUCCCCCGCCCCCUCCCCCAGAGGACUAUGAAGAGGAGGAGUCUGCAGUGGUGGAGUACAGUGACCCCUAUGCCGAGGAGGAUCCUCCUUGGGCUCCCAGGACCUACCAAGAAAAAGUUGUGGCGAUCUACGACUACUCGAGGGACAAGGAGGAUGAGCUGUCUUUCCAGGAGGGCUCCAUCAUCUACGUGAUCAAGAAGAACGACGACGGCUGGUACGAAGGGGUCAUGAAUGGCACAACGGGCCUCUUCCCUGGGAACUAUGUGGAGUCCAUCAUGCAUUACGCCGAAUGAGCCCGGCAGUGUUACUUUGGACAAGGGAGGAACGGGGGGGGGGAGGCAGUCCUUCAAGAUCCAAAAGGCUUGAGGAGAUCCAAAGUAAAUCACGCACACUCUGAAAAAACAAGCAAAAUAGAAAAUUACAGAAUAAAAUGAAGGGUACUAUUGUAAUAAA